AGUCUGGCACGUGUUCGGCGGCCCUUCUCCUCCACACGCGGCAGUUCUAUAAAACCCUCCAAACCCCCACCACUCUUAUCUGUCUUUCUCCUGAUCCCCUCUCCGACAUGGAAGCUCUCGACUUCGUUAAGCUCCAUAAUCUCUACGCCCAUUUUUCCUCCAUUGUUGAAACUGCAUAUAAUCUGAAUCGUUCUGACAAUCACGAUGAAGAUUCAUUCUUCGAUUUGGAUUUCGUCUCUCUUCCAACAUCAGAAACCGGCAAAUCUCCCGACGAGAAGAAUCUCACACGCUCCGGCGAAAACGAACUCUGCUUCCCUCAACGGAAUCUUCUUCGCUCCCAAUCUGAUCUCAUCUCCAAACGAAAAAUCCUUCCGAUUGAACUCAGUUCGAAGCCAGAGUCUCCGGUUUCAGUUUCGAUUCUAAAAUCGGCACCUAGACUCUCAAUUUCCUUGUUCAAGAAGCCGAAAUUAAUGGCGAAACAGAAGACUGACGAAACAGAGUCGGCCUCACUCAAAUUACAGAACACAGAGAGCAAACGAUUCGCCUUCAAACUGAACAGACUUAACAGUUCCAGAAACAAUAAUCGAAUUGAUGCAUCUGAGCGUCAAUCGAAGAGAUUCUCCGGAGAAGGAAUACAGAAGUAUCUGAAAUUAAUCAAGCCUCUGUACGUGAAAGUUUCGAGGAAACAAAACUACAGAUCGUCGCCGGUAUCUUCACCGGUGACAUCAAUUGAUGAGAAGCAGAGGAAUAUUGCGAUAGGCAUUCGAGUGGUUUGUAGGCGUCUAGGGAAGAGUAAAUCAUCAUCAUCAGCGACUGGAAUGGCCGUAUCGCCGACGAAUCGGCGAGACGAUUCGCUUUUGCAGCAAGACGACGGGAUUGAGAGCGCGAUUUUGCACUGCAAAAGGUCUUUCAGCGCUAGCAGAGAUGAUGUUGAUGGAACUUGUGACGAUAAUCUGUUCGGGACUGGCGAUUUGCAGAAGCAGAAGGCGGGAACAGAUGCUUUCUCAGAAGCCAAACAAGGCGAACAGCGUUGAAGAGAGAAGAGAUUGUGUGUGUGUGAAAGUUUUUCGGGUUUCGCUGUAAAAAGAUGAAAAAAAUCAAACUGAAUUAGACAGUGCAUGACAGUUUUCGUUUUUUCUUUUCUUAGAAAACGAUAAACAGUGACUCGGUGAGUCUUGUAGUGGCUGACUCGCUCCGUCGUGUAUUUACUAAAUAAUAUUUAAAAAUCAUGAUUU